ACUGAGAGCGGUUUGCUGGCGUGCAGUCGCUGCCUCUCCUCUAAAGACAGCUCACACGUGUUUUGUAAUCGGUGUUCCUGUAGUAUUUGUAUUCUCUGUGAGGAUCCUUUACCCUGAAACACUUCUAACGUCUUCACCUGGGUUUCUCUCCGCUCCGUCUGCCGCCUCAGGAUGGAUCAUCACGAUCCGCAGCGAGGGAGGAGUAGAAGUCACCGGCGCUACGAUGACGAUGAUGAUGACGAUGAGGGUCAACCGGUGUACAUCGGGGUUCCGGUUUCCCACAGACGGAAACGCCGCCGACAUCACUCCAGAACCAGCGACCCGGACCGUGACACCCGGCACUCGCACUACGACCACCACACACACCGCGAACACACACACCGCGACCACGGGUAUUACCACGACAGGGAGGAGCAUUACGAGGACGACGACGAGGGGAGUCCGGAGCGCCACGAGCAGCCCAACCUCGCAGUUUCCCCUGCAGCAGAGCGUCUGCGCCACAUACUGGGGGAGGAUGACAACACCCCCACCCCCACACUAUUCACUGAGAUGGACACUCUGCAGCAGGAGGGGGGCGAGCUAGAGUGGAAAGAAUCUGCAAGGUGGGUGAAGUUUGAGGAGAAGGUGGAGGAGGGGGGGGAGCGAUGGAGUAAACCUCACGUCUCCACGCUCACCCUCCACAGCCUGUUUGAGCUGAGGACUUGUCUGCAGACGGGAAGCAUCCUGCUGGACCUGGAGGGCUACUCCCUGCCUCAGAUCGUGGAUGAGAUCGUGGACCGGCAGAUCGCUGACGGCCUCAUCCCUGCGGAUCUGAGGGAGAAGAUCAGCUUCGUGCUGCUGAGGAAGCACCGUCACCAGACCAAGAAGCCCAUCCACCGCUCGCUGGCCGACAUCGGGAAGUCCUCCAACGCUGCUCCCAACCGUAGUCCUCACCUGAACCCGAGUCACGGUGCGAGCUCAGCCGCCGGGGUCCACCGCUCCACAGAGGACCUGAGCUCCCGCCACUCCAGCAGCCUGAGCCGCCUGCAUCCGUCCCAGUGCCGAAGCAUGAACGAUAUUUCAGACUCGCCGAGCACAGACCAGCUGAAGAACAAGUUCAUGAAGAAGAUUCCCCGGGACGCCGAGGCCUCGAACGUGCUGGUGGGCGAGGUGGAUUUCCUGGACAAACCCUUCGUGUCCUUCGUCCGCUUGGCUCAGGCCACGACUCUGGGCGGCCUCACGGAGGUCCCUGUGCCCACCAGGUUCCUGUUCAUCCUGCUGGGCCCUCACGGCAAAACCAAGGCCUACAACGAGAUCGGCCGAGCUAUUGCUACGCUGAUGGUGGACGAUCUCUUCAGCGACGUCGCCUACAAAGCCAGGGACCGCGAGGACCUGAUCGCCGGAGUGGAUGAGUUUCUGGAUGAGGUGAUCGUGCUCCCUCCGGGGGAGUGGGACCCCAAGAUACGCAUCGAGCCUCCUAAGAAGGUCCCGUCGGCGGAUAUGAGGCAUUCGGUGCUGAACCUGAACGAGCUGGGGCAGAUGAACGGCUCGGCGGGGGGGGCGGCGGGGGGAGAAGACGAGGAAUUUCCUGCUCCUCAUGAACUGGGAGAGGAGCUGAAGUUCACCGGGAGGAUCUGCGGGGGCUUGUGGCUGGACAUCAAGCGGAAGAUCCCGUGGUUCUGCAGCGACAUCUACGACGGCUUCCACAUCCAGUCCAUCUCCGCCGUGCUCUUCAUCUACCUGGGCUGCAUCACCAACGCCAUCACCUUCGGAGGGCUGCUGGGGGACGCCACCGACAACUACCAGGGAGUGAUGGAGAGCUUCCUCGGCACAGCGUUAGCAGGAACGGUGUUCUGUUGUUUCGGGGGACAGCCGCUCAUCAUCCUCAGCUCCACCGGACCCAUCCUCAUCUUCGAGAAACUGCUCUAUGAAUUCAGCAAGAGUAACAACAUCGACUACAUGGAGCUGCGUCUGUGGAUCGGCCUGCACUCCUGCCUGCAGUGCUUCCUGCUGGUGAUCACGGACGCCAGCUACAUCAUCAAGUACAUGACGCGCUUCACCGAGGAGGGCUUCUCCAGCCUCAUCUCCUUCAUCUUCAUCUCCGACGCCAUCAAGAAGAUGGUCGGAGCCUGGAAGUAUUACCCAAUCAACCGUGGCUUCAAGCCCGACUUCAUCACCUCCUACAAGUGUGAUUGCAUCCCCCCCUCCUCAGCUUCGGCUCUGGGGUUUAAUAUCUCAGCUCCGCUCGCUGAUGACAACAUGACGCUGCUGUUCAACCUGACGGACAUGGACUGGAGCCAGCUGAGUAAGAAGGCGUGUGUGAAGUAUGGGGGGGUGCUGGUGGGGAACUCCUGUAAGUACGUCCCUGAUCUGGCCCUCAUGUCCUUCAUCCUCUUCUUCGGCACGUACUCCAUGACGGUGUCUCUGAAGAAGUUCAAGUUCAGCCGCUACUUCCCCACAACGUUGCGCUCCCUCAUCAGUGACUUCUCCAUCAUCAUCUCCAUCCUGGUGUUCUGUGGCCUGGAUCACCUGAUGGAGCUCGACACCCACAAGCUGCACGUUCCCACUGAGAUAAAGCUGAGGAAGCUAAUCAGUGAUUUUGCCAUCUUCAUGUCCAUCAUGUCCUUCGUGGGUCUGGACAUGUUGAUGGGGUUAGACACCCCCAAACUAAUCGUUCCCACGGAGUUCAAGCCAACGCGUCCGAACCGCGGCUGGCUGGUGAUGCCGUUCGGGAAGAACCCGUGGUGGUGGUACAUUGCGAGCUCCAUCCCCGCUCUGCUCGUCACCAUCCUGAUCUUCAUGGACCAGCAGAUCAGCGCCGUCAUCGUCAACAGGAAGGAGAACAAGCUCAAGAAAGGCUGUGGCUAUCACCUGGAUCUGUUCUGGGUGGGGGUGCUGAUGGCCGUCUGCUCCUUCCUGGGUCUGCCGUGGUACGUGGCGGCCACCGUCAUCUCCAUCGCCCACAUCGACUCUCUGAAGAUGGAGAGCGAGUCGAGCGCGCCCGGGGAGCAGCCGCAGUUCCUGGGAGUCAGGGAGCAGAGGCUGACCGGUAUCCUGGUGUUCGUUCUGACCGGAGUCUCCAUCUUCCUCGCUCCUGUUCUCCAGUUCAUCCCCAUGCCCGUCCUGUAUGGAGUGUUCCUCUACAUGGGCGUGGCCUCACUGAGUGGCAUCCAGUUCUGGGAGCGGAUCAAGCUGUACAUGAUGCCUCCCAAGCACCAGCCGGACUUCUCCUUCCUGCGCCACGUCCCUCUGAGGCGAGUCCACCUCUUCACGCUGGUUCAGAUCAUCUGCCUCGCCGUCCUCUGGAUCCUCAAGUCCACCUUCCUCGCCAUCAUCUUCCCCGUCAUGAUUCUGGGUCUGCUGGUGGUGCGGAAGCUUCUGGAUUUCAUGUUCUCCCAGCACGACCUCGCCUGGAUGGACGACAUCCUGCCCGACAAGGACAACAAGAAGGAGGACGACAAGAAGAAGAAAAAGAAGAAGAAGAAGAAGACGAAGGAGCCCGACAGCGACGAGGAGCCCAUCAGUCCUGCACCCCCCCCAGUGAAGAUCCCCAUGGAGCCCCCCCACCCUGAACCAGACCCCUGACUGAGACGGACCUUUACUCGACAGUCGCGUGCAAUCACGACGAUCCAAACCGCAGAGUCUCUCUGCACCUGAAGACCUCCUCCCCCUCUUCCCUCGCUCUCCCCCCGCCACCCGGCCCACAGCUGGACUCCAACUGGGAGGAAUCAGACUUCUACUCCAGAGUCAAACACCGCCUUUCUACCCACAAUGCCCUGCUGCAAACACCUGCACACCACAGAGACCCUCACCCAAAGCCAGCUCUCUUCAGGGGCUCCUGUGCCGACACCGUGCUGUGACUAGAAUCUGCAGAUCCACAUUUAAAUUACACGUUAGAAACCGAGCUACAUAAGCAAAGAGGAAGCGCCCUUCCUCAUUCAUUAAUUGGGUUUUGAUCAGAUGUUAUGCCAUGUAUUAUACCCCCCCCCCCCCCCCCCCCUCCUGAACCUCUUCAAGUAGUGACCAAAAAAUAGCUGCAAACAAAAGAACCAAAAUGUGUUUAUAACAAUAUAAAAAUCAGAGUGCAUGACCCCGCCCCGGACCUUAGGCAACAGUUUCUCGAUCAUGUUCAUCUUUGCUUUUUU